AUGUCAUCUGAAAAGGCCCUCGAAGAACCUGAUUCACUCCUUAAAGACUCAGUUCAAAUCAACUCACAUACCGAUGAACAAACAGCCCACCAGAACAACCAAUCGCUUGCACUCCCUCAACCUGCAUCAGCCUCAUCCUCAUCUUUUCCGCAGUCCAACGACCAUCAAGCUCAACCACCCAACUCCCAUUCGAACACUCAUAUCAAUCCAAUCACUGGUCUGAUCCGGAAACAGACCUGGGUCUCGCUCCUCACCCCUGAGAAGAAGCUAUCCGACUCGAAUCCAACCUAUAAACAAUCUUUUGACGCCGUUGUCCGAUCAUCUUGGCUCAAUGUGCUUCUGGUUUUCAUUCCAAUCUCCUGGAUCCUUCACUUCGCUACCCCUAAUCAGGAUGCUGCCAUUUUCACCACGUGUAUGCUGGCCAUCAUUCCCCUGGCCAAACUACUUGGCUUUGGAACCGAAGAAAUCGCCAUGAGGGUCGGUCAAACUCUCGGAGGACUGCUCAAUGCAACCUUGGGCAACGCGGUCGAAUUAAUUGUCGCCAUCCUGGCUUUAGUUAAAUGUGAAUUGGUAGUGGUACAGUCGUCGCUAUUGGGAUCCAUCCUGAGUAACUUGCUGUUGGUGUUGGGGAUGUGCUUUUUCGCGGGAGGCGUUCGAUUCUCCGAACAAGCGUUUUCCAUUACGGCUGCUCAACUCAACUCCUCCCUCUUGAUCAUGAGCGUGAUUGCAAUACUGAUCCCUGCUGGAUUCCACGCGGCUUUCUCCAACCUGAACGACAGUGUGGAGGGGCCAGACGUUUUGAAAAUGAGUCGGGGGAUUUCGGUGAUCUUAUUGAUUAUCUAUGCUGCAUACCUUGUGUUUCAGCUGUGGUCUCAUGCUCAUUUGUACACCCAAACUUCAACAUCCUCUAAUGAACAUGAGGGCCACACGACCUGGAGAGGCCACAAGAUUCUACGACCAUCCAACUCCGUUCGAGCUCAACAACCCUUUGCAAUGGCCCGGCCCUCUGGCGAUGGCAGCAGUCACCCGGAACCAAUAGAUGAAGAGGAAGAAGAAGUUCCUUCCCUCAACGCGGUUUCAGCCAUCAUUCUCCUCGGGCUAUCGACAGCUUUAGUCGGUGUCACAUCAGAAUGGCUUGUCGAUAGUAUCAAUGGCAUCACCCGAACGGGCGUGAUUUCGGAGGCUUGGGUUGGGUUGAUCCUUUUACCUAUCGUCGGAAAUGCAGCCGAACAUCUUACUGCCGUUUCUGUCUCUGUAAAAGACAAACUCGAUCUAUCCAUGGCCGUUGCCGUUGGUUCAUCUAUCCAAAUUGCCCUUUUUGUGGUUCCAUUAUUGGUCAUCCUUGGCUGGAUCAUGGACAAACCCUUGACACUAUCACUUUAUUCCUAUCGCUACACUAUACAAGAUGGACGAGCAAACUGGAUAGAAGGUUUCAUCCUCAUGUGUGUUUAUGUGAUCGUGGCCGUUGCUUUUUUCUUUUACCCCUCCAGUGCUGCCGACAUCUCUCUGGGACUCAAGUGUAAUUAA